AUGGAGCUGCCAUUCACCAACCUGGAGGUGGCGUUCAUUUUACUGGCUUUCUUCAUCUUUUCCUUGUUUACUCUGGCUUCCAUCUACACCAGCCCUAAUGAGAGGAAUGAAGGUAAAAAAAGAAAAGGGGCGGGGGUGCCUCCUGGAUGCUGUUCUUUCCUUCACAAUCAUGUUUCUACGUAG